CUCUCUUGGGACUCCAGCUUCUCUUCUCCUUUCUUUCCGCUCCUCCAUCUCCUACUCUUCCAUAAUGGCCGAGGAGGCUGCACCCGCCGCUGCCCCCACUGAGUUCUCAGCGGACCAGAUUGAGGACUUCAAGGAGGCUUUCGGUCUCUUCGACAGAGUUGGUGACAACCAGGUGGCCUACAGCCAGGUGGCCGACAUCAUGCGUGCCCUGGGUCAGAACCCCACCAACAAGGACGUUAAGAAGAUCCUGGGUGACCCAUCCGCCGACGAUAUGGCCAACAAGAGGUUGAACUUUGACGCUUUCCUGCCCAUGCUGAAGACCGUGGACACAAUCCAGAAGGGAACCUACGACGACUACGUUGAGGGUCUGCGCGUCUUCGACAAGGAGGGCAACGGCACCGUCAUGGGCGCUGAGCUGCGCAUCGUGCUGUCCACCCUGGGAGAGAAGAUGACCGAGCCAGAGAUUGACGCCCUUAUGACCGGCCAGGAGGACGAGAACGGCAGCGUGCACUAUGAGGCUUUCGUCAAACACAUCAUGUCUGUGUAAGAGGCCACAACAGGAGUGUUGAGGAGGCUGUAAUGCGGCUGCAGACCGCCGGACAGUGUCUGACCAUCACACUGUUUCAAAGACCAACUUAGGAAAGACAAGGACAAUGUACAAGGGAUGUUGAAGCCGCUCCACCUCUUCUUUUUUUUCCUAUUUUUUUUCCUUUUCUUUUUUUUUGCUCAAUUUCAUCUCCAAUCCUCCUCUCUCUCUUUCUCUCUGUGGACAUCACUGACACCUCUUGGUUGUUGACCCCCCCCCUGUCUGGCCUCUUAUCCCCCCCGGGGCGUGUCUCCACCCUCCACGUGGGGUGAGAAAGGGGGGAGAAGGGGUGACCGCUCAUUAAGUGAGGGUUGAUCCCUCUGUCCCACCCACCACCUCAUCCAGUCACACCAUCACUGGCCCAGCAACGCCGAAGGCGCUGGAGUAUGGUCGUGGAUUCGCCGCCAAAGAACCCCCCCCCCCUUUCCACUCGAAAAGUUUUAUUUAUUUUCACUGUCUCAUUUCAGAAUAAACUUUUCAAAAAGUA